AGUUACACACACACAUACACACACAAAGUGGGAGUCACACAUAUUCAUACAUACACACAUACGCUCACUUACGAAUGUUACAGUAAAGACACUGAGAUAUAAACAAUGCCUGAAAAGGGAGUCACUGCUUCUUAACCCGAUGGAUUGGAAAGAUUGCCGGCUGGUGUAUUCUGGACGUUUGUACAAUUAUUUAAACAAACCUCAGCUUGAUUUCUUGCUGAUUUGAAGGAGAUAACCAAUUUCGUCCGCUUUGGUCAGAUGGCUGCAUUUAUUUGUUAAUCAUAACGCCAGAGGAUUGCCUCCAUUUCUGGGCUGUCAUCGUCUUUGUGAUACACAUUACUGCUGCUAUUGUUACUUGUAACAAGCAAAAGAAAUCUUUCAGCUGCAGCCUUAUAUCUGGGGGAGGACGUUUCGUAAUGAUAUAAAACAGAAAGGAAGGAAGGAUUUUUUUAAACCUUGGUGCGCUGUACUGCCGUUUUCCUGAUGGUGGACCGACAAUACUUUUUGGUUUGUUGGAGAAAUGAGAACAUUUUUAUCUAAAGAUUGAAACAUUUGUUCUCGAGACGACGUUUGUGUUUGUAACAACUGCGGGUGGCUGAACGUGAGAGACAGGUAUUUUCAUCGUUGCUUGUCUGCAGACUGGUGUUAUUUGCAAAGUGAAAGAAGGAUUAAACAUUCCUGUUCUCUGUUGCCUGUUGUGUAGUAGGCAAGCAGCGUUACACUGUGCACGGCGGCGGUAAGAAAACAAUUCUAUAAAUAGCUCCUGCAAUUCUCGAAAACUAUCACAACUGGUGCACAAGCUUGUUGGUCUGAUGGAAUAGAUUUUUUUUGCAUUCUUCGUUACCAGUUAUUGAGAAAUUUUGUCGCAGACACUUGCAUGCUCUGUUUAUUGUUCACGGCAGAGCGAAAUAAACGUGACAACCACGACUGGAUCAUUUGAAAGAAGUUACUGGAUUCUGUAAACAUUUAUAUUUGUUCAUUUUCAUGGAUUUUAUCACUGGGAAAAAUCUGAAUAGGUCAACUUCUUAUGGAUUAUGCCGUUAUUUAAUCGUUAAACUAUCGGCAGGAAGACUGGAAUGGACACGGAUCGCAAUUUCUACCCUCCGGGAUUAAAAACACGGAUACAUAUUUUACAUCUGAAAAUGAUUAGGUUUGGACCGCCUGACCUGGAUUGUGUGAUUUCUCUAAUCUGCGAACAUACUUGGAUUUACAAAACAAACUAUUAGUCUGUUCUUGGAAUAGAUAGGAGGGGUUAGCCGAUAUUUGGUUUCUUUUACCCUCAUCACACCCCUCCAGAUACAUUUUUAUCUACAAUUUUACUGAACAGGGUAAACCGUUGAUCUGGCGGCCAGCUCUCUGUGCUGUAGCGGUGGCGUGGCUUACUCGUGAGGGAACCGAUUUGCCACCCCCUGCUCGGUUCUGAUACCGAUCACGGAUUUCGACAUGCCCUGCACUGACGACCCCAUCGGCGGACGAUUAUGACUACAACAGCGAAUUGGGUGGCUAACGGGGCAAGCCUUGAAGACUGCCAUUCCAACAUUUUCUCCCUGGCGGAACUGACUGGCAUCAAAUGGCGGUGCUACCACUUCCGCAGUGGAGGCGAAUAUGGGCCGGUGAUCUCGGCCCCGGCACCGGACGACCCGGUGCUGCGCAGCUACACGCGCUGCGUACAGGCCAACCUGCUGUGCGUGUGGCGGCGCAAGGUCAAGCCCGACGCCAAGGAGCUCUGGAUCUUCUGGUGGGGCGAGGAACCCAACCUGACCGAUGUCAUCCACCACGAGCUGGAAGUUGCUGAGGAGGGCCUCUGGGAAUGUGGGCUUUCAUACGAGUGCAGGACGCUCCUCUUCAAAGCCAUUCACAACCUGCUGGAGAGGUGUCUGCUGGAUAAGGACUUUGUGCGCAUUGGGAAGUGGUUUGUGAAGCCCCAUGAACUGGAUGAAAAGGCCCUAGGCAGCAGCGAGCACCUGUCGUGUGCGUUUACCUUCUUCCUGCAUGGCGAGAGUAAUGUGUGCACCAGUGUGGAGAUCGCCCAGCACCAGCCAGCCUACCACAUCAGUGCCCAGCACAUACACCUGGCCCAGACCUCCUCCAGCCCUGUGCAAGUGAUCCUGAGCCCGUACGGGCUGUGUGGCACGCUGACGGGUCAGACGUACAAGAUGGGCGAGCCGGCCGUCAGGAAGCUGAUGGAGGAGUGGAACCACUUCUACCCCACCGUGCUCCGCCAGCGCCCCGAGCCCCAGCGCCCCACCGACGAGACGGCCGACCUGGCCUACGACCCCCACGUCCACGCCGCUGUGGAGGUCAUCGUAGGUGGAGUGAGAAUGAUCUACCCAGCAGCCUUUGUGCUCAUCGCCCAGAGCGACCUACCUGUGGAGCAGCCCCCUCCGGCCCCGGGCAGCCAGGGGGCCACGAGGGACCCAUCCAGCUGUGGCAUCCCUCUCACCCCUCCCACCUCGCCCGAACAGCCAUGCUCAGGUGAUAGUGGCUUUCAGACAGCGGUAUCCAGUGUUCUCAGCCAGGAGGGCUGCAUGACCCUCAGCCCAAAGCACUCUGGGAAAAAGCUGACCAAUCAAAUGGUCCACCAAGCCUGGAAGGAGUGCUACCUAAACCAGCUGCAGCACAAGGCCAGUCUGUCUAGCAGCGCGGCGCCCGUGAAGGAUGUGCCAAACGGGGCAGCCACAUGGGACUUCACCAGCCCUGGAGAGAGAGUGGCCUGCAGCUGUUCCAGGUUAAAGCAGCAGAAGCAGCAGCAGGCCAGCUCAGCAUCUGCCAACGCCUUACCCGGUGCCAACCCUGUCUCCUCCUCCUCCACCACCACCUCCUCCUCUUCUUCCUCCUCCACCUCAGCCACGUCCUCCUCUUCCACCCCGUCAUCCCUGCCAGCCUUACCUCCGCCCGCGCCGCCCAAGCACAAGACCGCCGACAAGCCAGACAAGUCAGACAAGCAGCCCAAGAGGCCCGCUGUCACGCCCUUCCACCACCGGGUAUCCAACAGCCAGGAGCCACCCUGCCCCGACCACGAGUCCCAGCAAGGAGGCCCCCAGCUGGGCUUGGUCCCGCUGGAGUCCCCCCUGGAGGCUCUGCCUGGGUGCAAGUAUUCGCCCAAGCCCCUGUCAUCGAUGAGGAAGGGGCAGGCCGAGUCGCUUAUGGACUCGCCCAUCUCUCCGCUGCCACCCACCCUGAGCCCCCACCCGCGGGGGCAGCAGGACCCCGAGGCACUGGACGUUGCCACCAGCCUGCCGCAGUGCCAUGAGGGGCAUCCGGGGCUGGGGGGACACAUGGAAGUGAGCGAGACGGCGCUUUACGCGUCCCCGCUGGGCUUCAGGGAUGCAGGGGGAGGAGGUGGCUGGUGGAAGGGGUACAAGACCCCCUGUGUGGAGAGGAACGACUUUAGAACCCCGGAGCUGCCCUGUCCAGAGAGAGUGGAGAGCAAGACUGAGACAGCCGCAGAGGGGACGGCACUGAAGAGGCUGUUUACACAGACUCAGAAGCGCUUUAAAGUGUGUGAGGAGCGCGUGAAGGAGCACAUCAGCGCACUGGCCCUCCUGCAGCAGCCCGGCCUGGAGGUGCUGGGCGACCCGGCGGAUGACCCCUACGACUUCAAGGAGGGCGACAUCGAGUACAGCUUCCCCACCUCCAAGAGGCUCAAGGGCCAGGGACGAGACCCAAACCGCAAGAGCAAGGGAGAGGAGAUGAACAGCAACGGAGCAGUGCCCGAUGGGAAGGACGCCAUGUCCAUCUUCAGCAGCGCCCCCAAGUCAGAUGAAUCACCUCAAGACGAUGCGGCGGCGAAAGCCACAGCGCCGCUCACCAGGGAGACAGACCUGGUCGUCCUCUACUCUGACCUGGAGAACAUCUUUGAUGAGGAGGAGGAUGAGCUAGGGGGCACACACCCCAACCAGCACUCAGCACGGGCCACAGUGCCUGGUUCAGAAGAGCGCCCCCAUGGCAAAGAAGGCAGAGUUGCAGUACCGUACCCUUCAACAGUAGCAGACCUCCAGCGCAUGUUCCCCACGCCACCGUCCCUGGAGCAGCACCCAGCCUUCUCCCCCAUCAUGAGCUACAGGGACACCCCCAGCCAGGAGCCCCCGCCGCCCUCCACUGGCCUGGACCACCCGCUGGGCCAACUGGUCUCCGCGCAGCUGGCUGACUACAGGAUGGAGGUGGAGGAGUGCCUGGCCAGCCCCAGGCCUGAGGACAUACGGGACUUCUCAUUUGUCUACCGCGUCCCCCUCGUCCAGCCGCAGAUGGGCUGCUCCAUGUUCGCCCCACUGCGCACCCUGCCCAGCCAGUGCCUGCCGCCCCUCAAGAUCCCCGACAGCUGCCACUACCGGCCCUCCUGGACACUCAUGCCCAAGAUGGAGCCCUACAGCCUCCCUGCCCAGGCUCCCUUCAUCAGGGACGGAUACAUUAAUGUGCCGAGUGUGAACAACAUGCUGGAGCAGGACUACGCCCAGAUGAGCGUGGUGAGCGUGGCGUCGGUGGGCACGGCUGGCGGUGGCAUCAUGCCCUCGCCGGCCACACCACGCUUCUCUGUGCCAACCCCCCGCACCCCCAGGACCCCACGCGGAGGCCCGGGCAACGCCAGCGGUCAGGGCUCCGUCAAGCAGGAGGGGGUUCCCACCGGCGGGGGCACGGAGCUCAGCUCCCCCGCCUCCACGCCGGCCUCCUCCAGUCUGCCCAUGAGCUCGGUGGAGCUGGCGGCGGGCGGGCGAGGGUCCUUCCUGGCGCUGCCCGAGGCGCACAGCCUCUACGCCAUCCUGCUGCUGUCCGACUCGGUGCUGGACGUGUUCAAGGACCGGAACUUUGACAGCUGCUGCAUCUGCGCAUGCAACAUGAACGUGAAGGGUGCCGACGUGGGCGUCUACAUCCCGGACUCCACGCGCGAGGACCAGUACCGCUGCAUGUGCGGCUUCAGCGCCAUCGCCAACCGGCGCCUGGCCCACGGCACGGGACUCUUCCUCGAGGACGAGCUGGACAUCUUCGGCCGCGGCUCCGAGGUGGGACGAGCCGCCGAGCGACGCCUGGCGCUGUGCCGCCGCGAGCUGCCCAUCGGCGAACCCACCGCCGCUGCCGGUGGCAAUUCCAAAAUGUCCAAACGGACUCCGCAGAGUGCCGGCGACUCGUCCUCCCCCUCGCUGAUGGCGGUGAUGGUACAGCUGCAGAAGCAGUGCUCCCAACCCAUGGCCUCGCUCUCCUCCCUGCACCUGUCGCCCGCCUGCUCCUGCCACGGCCGCCGGGGGGCGCUGCUGCAGAGCUGGGCGGCCGACCGGCUAUGGGCCGAUGGCAGCGACGCCUGCGUGGAGUGCUACAAUGCGCUGGUGCAGGGCCAGCAGUACGUGGACAACCCGGCCGGGGGUAAGGUGGACCAGGCCAUCGUCCGAAGCAGCGCUCUGCACUCUUGGCCUAACACCUCAGUGUCGGAUAUCAGCUCGCUGUCCUCCCAGGACGUGGUGAGGAUGCUGCUGUCCCUUCAGCCCUUCCUCCAGGACGCCAUCCAGAAGAAGCGCACGGGUCGGACGUGGGAGAACAUCCAGCAUGUUCAGGGGCCGCUCACAUGGCAGCAGUUCCACAAGAUGGCCGGGCGAGGAUCUUACGGUUCGGAGGAGUCCCCCGAGCCGCUGCCCAUCCCCACAGUGUUGCUGGGCAACGACAAGGACUUCCUGGCGCUGUCGCCGCUGGCGCUGCCCUUCUGGGAGAAACUGCUGCUGGAGCCGUAUGGCGGCCAGAGAGACGUGGCCUUCCUGGUGCUCUGCCCCAACAGCGACGCCCUGCUGGCCGGAGCCCGCACCUUCUUCCAGGAGCUUAGCGCUGUCUACGAGACGUGUCGGCUGGGGAAGCACCGACCCCUGGCCAAGGUGUCCCGUGACGGGCUGGUGCGUGUGGGGGAGGCGUUAGAGAGCGAGCAGCCGGAGGAGGACGAGCUCGUGGAGCAGUGGUUCACCGGGCCCUGGAGCGGCCAGCACCAGGAGGACAACAUGCGCAAGCUCAAGCUCUAUGCCCACGCCUGCCGCCAGCAACUGGCUCCCCAGCUCUCUGCUCUGUCAUUGGACUCCAGCCUCCUGCUGCCUCCUAAACCCCAGCCUCCCUCCACUCAGCCUGCCUCCUCCUCCAGCAACAGCCAGUCUGCUCCAGGCGUUGGGGCUCCAGAGGGGGACCCGGCAGUGACUGCCCCCAGCACAGGCAGCUCGUCCCUGGGGACGAACUCGGGCCAGCCGGGCAGUGGCGAGCUGGCACAGGGGGGUAGCGGUGAGGCCAAGGGAGGGGUGAACCCCUCAUCCACACCAACACCUGCCCAACCCACAGAGAGCCCAGAGAGCUUGGCUGAGCGCGAGCGCAUCGGCAUUCCCACGUUACCAGAUUCAGCUGACCGCCACGCCCACCCACCGUCCAUCGUGCUGUAUGUGGUGGACCCCUUCAUGUGCGGGGGAGGCGGCGGGGCGGGGAGGGGCGGGGAAGGGGAGGAGCCGGAGGUGGAAGGGGGGAGUGUGUGGAUGCUGGCGCUGCUGCGCUGUUACACAGAGCUGCUCCACCUGCUGCCCGAGAACUUGAGGCCCGCACUCACACUACAGGUGGUGCCGUGCCAGUACCUGUUGCAGCCUGCGAGUGGCGAGAGCCCUCUGUACCUGCAGCAGCUGCGUUCCCUGGCCUUCUCCACUUACUCGCAGUGCAGACGGCUGCUACCCACGCAGAUCCACAUCAAGACCCUCACGGGCUUCGGUCCCGCGGCCAACGUCGACUGCACCCUCAACAACAAACAGGACCCCAAUCCUCCUAUGCAGCUGUUCUCUCCUCCCUUCAUCCUGGGUCCCACGCGCGCCAAGCAGCCGGACCUGGGGGAGGCCUCUGGCGAGGCGGCUCCCCGCUACAACGUGCUCUUCGUGGGCUACUGCCUGUCGCACGACCAGCGCUGGAUUCUGGUGUCCUGCACCGACCAGCAGGGGGAGCUGCUUGAGACCUGCAUCAUCAACAUCGACGUGCCCAACAGGUCACGGCGGCCUAAGUUCUCUCCACGCAAGAAAGGCUUGGAGAAGCUGUGGGAGUGGUGCAUUGGAAUCAUCCAGAUGACAUCGAUGCCUUGGAGGAUUGUGAUUGGUCGGCUGGGUCGAUUGGGACAUGGAGAACUGAAGGACUGGAGUUCGUAUCUGGGGGAGCACUCCCUGCACUCUGUGAGUCGCCAGCUGAGGGAGGCGUGUCGGAUGUGUGGCAUCUCCGCCAAUGAUUCGCCCUCCAUCCUUAGCGCCUGCCUCGUCUCCAUGGAGCCGCAGGGGUCCUUCGUGGUCAUGCCAGAUGCGGUGACCAUGGGCUCGGUGUUUGGCCGCAGCACGGCCCUGAACCUGCAGACGUCUCAGCUGAACACCCCGCAGGACGCCUCCUGCACACACAUCCUGGUCUUCCCCACCUCCGCCACCAUCCAGGUGGCACCCAGCUCCUACCCCACUGAGGAUAACCCAGAUGACAUGUUCGGUCUGCCUUUCCCGGAUGAGCUGGAGAACGACAUCGGCCACGACAUGAUGCUGAUCACAGGGAACCUGCACCCCUCGCCCAACACCUCCCCCGUGCCCUCGCCAGGGUCGCCCUCGGGCAUGGGCAUGGGCUCCCACUUCCAGCACACACGGGGCCAGGGAGAGAGGCUCCUGUCGCGUGAGUCUCCGCCGGAGGAGCUGAAGCAGCAGCCGCUGGCGCUGGGCUACUACGUGUCCACGGCCCGCGCCGACGGCCUGCCACACUGGUUCUGGGCCUCCUGCCCACAAGCACAGAACCAGUGCCCACUCUUCCUCAAGGCCUCCCUGCACCACCACAUCUCGGUGGCUCAGACAGACGAGCUGCUGUCCAGUAAGAGUUCCCAGAGGCCCCACCCGCUCGACUCCAAGACCACAUCCGACGUGCUCAGGUUUGUAUUGGAGCAGUACAACGCCCUCUCCUGGCUGACCUGUAACCCUGCGACGCAGGACCGGCGUUCCUGCCUCCCCGUCCACCUGACCGUCCUCACACAGAUGUACAACGCCAUCUUCAACAUGCUCUAGAGACACACACACACACACAGGCACACACACAUAAAGCAGGAUGCGAACAACAAAGACAUGGACAACAAGCUGCCAUCACCAUCCAGAAUCCCAUUAUGCAGGGAUGAGGACAUGGAAACGGCCCAGCUUAGUCCCUUUGCCCCAGUACUGCCUCCUAUGACGAGGCCCAGGGGGCUGACCAGCCAUAACCAGGGAGGCCCGCUCACUGUCUGAACAAAACGGAUGGCAAAGCAGUGUGGUGUUCGCUGUGGUCAGGAUGUGUCUGACACACACACACACAUGUAUGCGUGACCAUUCCUACGAUGCCCUGUCUUCACUACCCUUUAAAAAGAACCACUAAUAUGCCAACAAGGACAACCCCAGAGAAGACAAGAAGGUGAAGGAUCCCACAGUAUCUGUCUGGGCAUUCGAAUGGAAACAUGAACAGAUGGCUAUGAAGGGUCUAAAUCAAUGGGUAAAUGAGACUUAGCAUUAUCGUAUCCUCAAACACUGAUUAAGUCGUGUGGGAAGAUGGCGGCUGCGUCCUGUCGAGGCUGGCCGAUUGGCCGAUCGGACCUCUAUCGCUGAAGUGUCUACCAAGAGAGGCACACACUAGUAUGGAGAUGUCAAUCAUGUUUUGUUUUUUUUCCCAAGUGUGUAAGUCACUGUACAGAUUGUUCUUAGUGCGGGGCAUUCGUUGUAACCCUUGAUAAAAAGAAAAAAACAAAAGCCAAUGUUUUUCACAAAAGGCAAACAUUCAGUACUAGCACUUUUAUCGCUACGAUUUUUAGAAGUGACAAAUUCAUGGUUGUAGAUAUGAAGACAUUGAGUGAUAUUUGACAAAGAAAUUGUGAAAAAGCUAAAUUAAAAAUGUUUAUAGUGUAAAACUGACAUUUGCAAAAAAUGAUGCUAUUUUUUAAUAAUGAAAGUAGGAAAAAUGAAUAAAAAAUAAUUUUCCAAAUUUAAUACAAUCGCCUUGUGAUAAAAAAAUGUUGACUAAAGACAGAGUUGCUAAAAUUGUUGAGAUGCCAUAUUUAUAUAUAUAUAUAUACAUAUACAUAUAUAUAUAAAAAAGAUAUUAUAUCUAGCUGUACAAAUAAACAUAUUAUAUAUAUUAUACCUCUUGGAAACAGCCACAGAUUAUGAUGAAAGUGGUGGUUUACAUAGAGACUUCUUAAGAGGCAAAUACAGUAUAAAUAUUUUAUCAAAGGCAAUGCAUUUCAGUUGGCUCUAUGCUUUUAAUUUUUUGUGUUUCCAUUUUAUUGUUCUGAAUACAAAAUGUUUAACCAUUUUUAUUUAAUGAGUUAAGUUAAAGAACUAAACCAAGCAGGGAAGAUAUAUUUAUGAAGUAUUUGUCUUCUCCUGCAAAAUGAACUUGAAAUAGGCAAUAGAUUUUAAAGAAUUGUGUGUAUUUGCGCAUUAAAAGUAUUGUAUAUUUAACUAAUAUGCAUUAUUUUCAGAGGUUGUUCAUAAAAGAUGUCGAGCAAAUCAUCAGUUAUGGCCUGUUUUGUUUGUUUGUUUGUUUUGGUGUUUGCUUCUUUUCUGUCGCCUCAACCGAUGCAAUCUGGUCAUUUGUACAAUUUCUUGCAUGUCUGUAGAUACACUUUUCAGCAUUCUUUUUUAUUUUAUUUUAAUAAUUCUAAAAGCUGUAUAUUUCAUUCCAGUUUGAUUUGAUUUUAUUCUGUGUGAUUCCUAUGAAGUAUUUUUUUGCUGUGUGCUUUUUUACAUAUCUACACACAUACAAAUAUUAUAUCAGCAUCAUUCAGAUCCAGCCAAGAGAGAGUAUUGCCAAUAAUUGUACACUUCAGAGCAGAAAUGUGCAAACUUUGCAAAAUUUGUUACAUCUGCCAUCAUUUUGAAUAUCAAUCAGAUCUAACUUGGGGUAGAGAUCUGUAUCUUUUACACUCUUUUUUAGUAAAUUAUUAAAUCCUUGAAAAAAA